GGGGUUUAAAGCUAGGGCUUGCCGCUCGUUUCCCCCGCGUUUUCAUCAGAGAGAAGCAGCGGAAUACAGCAGGUAUUGCAGAGAGAGGAUAUUUCUAGAUUGAGAGAGAGUAGCUGGAGUUUUGAAAGAGAGAGAGAGGGAGAAAGGAAAAGAGAAAGGGAUAAAUGGAUGUGACCAAGGACCAAGUCAGUUCUCUUCUCGAUCAUGGAUUAUACGAAUCUGCUCAAAUGCUUGGUUGCUUUCUCAUUUCUUCAACUGGUACGAAUGUAGAAUUGAGCCCUCAUGCCAAGGCUGAAAAUUUGGUACUUCUUGGAGAUGCAUUGUAUGGUGAGAAGGAAUACAAAAGAGCAUUAAAUCAGUAUAAACAAGCAUGGCAACAUUGCAAGGUUAAUCCUAAGCAAAAUACAAGCACCACCAGAAGUUCAAUUUGCAUAACCAGGUCUUCCUCUCCAAAUUCUCUCAAUAUCUCGACAAUCAAUGAGCAUGAGUUGAAGUUUAAAAUCGCUCUUUGCCACUCUGCCCUCUGUGAUAAUCGAGCUGCUCUAACUGAGCUGGAGGGUAUUCCAUACAAGGCAAGAACGUUGCGGAUGAACCUAAUUCUUGGAAGGCUUUGUCGGGUGUCUAGACAGAACCGUGCAGCUACAGCAGCCUACAAAGAGUGCCUGAGGACCUGUCCAUAUGUUUUGGAGGCCAUUGUGGGGUUAGCUGAUUUAGGGGUUUCUGCUAAGGAAAUCCUUUCAUUAUUUCCUCAGACAUUGAGUAGGGGUGGGAGGCCUCCUUCAGACCAUUUUGAUGUAAGCCGUUGGUUACAGCGAUAUGUGGAGGCUCACUGUUGCAUUGCUUCAAAUGAUUACAAAGGUGCUCUUGAACACUUCUCUGACAUUCUGCAGCGUUUUCCCAAUAAUGUCCACAUAUUGCUGGAAAUUGCAAAGGUGGAGGCUAUUACUGGAAAGAAUGAAGAAGCCAUUUUGAAUUUUGAGAAAGUUCGUUCCAUUGAUCCAUACGUUAUAACCUACAUGGAUGAGUAUGCCAUGCUUCUAAAGACAAAGACUGAUCAGUCGAAGUUAAACAGGGUAGUGCAUGAAUUGGUGAAUAUUGAUCCUUCACGAGUCGAAGUUUGUGUCGCAUUUUCUGUAUUAUGGGAUAGGAAGAAUGAGAAGGGUCGAGCUUUGGCAUACACUGAAAAGAGCCUUCGGAUUGAUGAUAGACACAUUACUGCUCAUAUAAUGAAGGGUAAUGUGUUUUUGUCAAUGAACCGGCCGGAUGCUGCUGUGACAGCAUUCAGAAGUGCUCAGGAAUUACGGCCUGAUCUUCGCUCAUAUCAAGGUUUGGUUCGUUCAUAUCUGGCACUUAAUAAGACCAAAGAGGCAUUGUGUGUUGCUCGUGAGGCGAUGAAGGCUAUGCCUCAGUCAGCAAAGGCUCUCACCUUAGUCGGUGAUGUAUAUUUCAGUCAUCCUAGUGGGAUAGAGAAGGCAAGGAAGUUCUAUGAAUCAGCCCUUCGUUUGGAGCGUGGAUAUCUUGGAGCUGCUUUAGCCUUGGCCGAUCUACACGUUAUGGAGGGGCGACAUGGUGAUGCUAUAUCACUCCUUGAGCGUUAUCUUAAUGAUUGGGAAGAUGAUUCUCUUCAUACUAAGCUGGCCCAGAUUUUUUCCAAGUCAAAUAUGUUGCUAGAGUCAGUAACACAUUAUCAGACAGCACUGAGUAUAAACCCGCAGAAUGAUGCUGCAAAGAAGGGUCUUGAGCGUUUGGACAAACAGAUGAAGGGUAUGGAUCCUGAUGCUCCCGAAGAUGAUGAAGAGAAUGAAGUGGAGGAUGGUGAAGGUGAUCAUGAAGAAACUGAGCUAUUAUGAAGACUGAAUUCAUCUUUAGCACCAACUCACACUUUCUAUGGAGCUCUAGAGAUCCCAAAAGGAGGGACAUGAAUUAAGAUAGGUUGAUGAUUGUAGUCUUGCUGCAAUUCAAUUGUAACUCUCUCUCUCUCUCU